UUUGGUUCCUUAUCAUUUUAUUACUAAGUCACUGAGGGAGGAGUUUGUCUACAAAGAUGGCCCUCCGAACCCUGCUGCUGUUGUUUUCGCUCGUCGGAUGCGGCCUGUGUUGGAGGCGGCACAUCCCGGAUGUGCGGGAGGACUGGCCUGUCAUGCCCAGGCCUGGGAUGGAGGUUGAGAAGUCUGAAGCCAAUCCCAUCCUCUGCGAGGUCUGCGAAGUGUUGGUCGAGGAAGCGCAGUCACUGCUGGGAAAUGACUCCAAGAAGGUUAUCGCCUUGUUGGAUGAAGUCUGUGCACUGUUGCCAGCUCCUUACAACGCCACCUGCAAAGAGUACGUGGACGAAUGGACACCAAUUAUCAUCGACUUCCUUGAGAAUCAGACUCCGGAGGAGGUUUGUCAAGACCUGACGCUCUGCAGCGCGGCUGCAGUCACUCGCCCCGAGACUCCCCGCCUCGGCUUCGGUCAUCUGAUGCGCUACCUCCAUAAGUCCUUCAAGAAAAGCUUCAACAAACUGAUGAUCAGAAAUGCCCUGGGAAACAACUUCUUGUGCGAUGGGUGUAAUGAGGUCGUUACUUUGCUGCAUGAUGAACUGACCAACCAACAAAUUCUGGACGAACUGGCAACACUGCUAGCAGAGGGUUGCUCCCUGUGCCCAGUUGAGGCUCAGUGCCGGGCCUACUUCCAGAAUUUACCCGCCGAAAUUGCGGCAUUUGCGGAUCAGUAUCUGAACAAUCAAACCUGCAAGAUCAUCGGCCUUUGCACAAGUGGUCGGGACAACCCCUUCAACAUGUUCAGCCGUCUGUUCCCGGGCCUCAUUCCUGACAACUUCGACGGGGAUUUCAUCUCCGGCCGCCCCUGGUCCCGACCCCGACCCCGUCCCCGCCCCAACACCGGGCCGGAGCCGAGACGCCACCCGUACAGACCGUACUGGGACCGGCAUGACGGAGAACGCCGCCACAAUCACAGCUCCGAGGAGCCGGACAUGGACGGACCCGACAAGGGCCGCCGCCACGACUGGCACCAUCACCCACACUCCGGCUCCCGCCCCGAGCCCCGUGAGCACCCCGACCGUCCGGAUCAUCACGAGCCCCACGACCGCCCACAUCACCGUCCCGAUGGCCGUGAUCGCCCCCACCAUGGACCCCACCAUCAUCCCGACAGAGACAUGCCCCGUCCGGACAUCCGACCCUGGUGGAAGCCUGACAUGAGGCCGUACAGACCCUGGGGUAACAAACCAGCCCUCCCCGAAGAGCCGAUGAUUCCCGAAGUUGAAGUUCCCGACACUGAAAUCCCUGACUUGGAGAUCCCAAUCAAUGACGAAAUCCCAAAUGUCGAAAUCCCCGUCAAUGUCGAGGUCCCAGAAUUCGAAAUUCCCAAUGUCGAAGUCCCCGGCGUUGACUUCCAUCCAGACCCCAGGAAUCCCUUCGGCCCUAGGCCCAACCGACAAGGCAGCAGCUCAGGCCCCCGUAGAAACACCUGGCAGAAGCCUGACUUGGCCAACCGUAAGGGUGCAUCGCCAGCCAAGCCUUUCUGGCCAAACAGGGGAAACAGGAAACAGCGAUCCGCAGUCCGCAUCAAUACUAUCAUCAAUACUGCAGACUUUGACCAGGCUAACACCUUUGAUGUCGAACCGACGAACGAGCCAAUGGAAAAACCCACGAUGGAGCCAGUGCAGUUCUCUUGGCAGUGCGAUGUUUGUGAGUACGAGGUUGAAAUACUCCAGAAGUACAUGGAAGACAAUAAGGACGCCAUCAACGCGAAACUGCUUUCUCUUGCUGCUUUGUUCUGUGACCGACUUCCUGCUACCAGUACUGCUGAGUGCAAGACUGAGGUUGCAGAUCUGCUGCCCCCUAUCGUCGACAUGAUCAUCGAUACCUACCUGACCCCGAGCACCGUGUGCAGCGCCCUCAAGGCCUGCUAGAUAGUACACCGGGCGUUAUCAUCAGACAGGGCCUCCGAUUGGUCAAGAAAAGGUGCCAACAGGCACCUGUAACCAUUGAGGAGUGAGCUUGGUUUCGUGUGUGAACUGAUCGUUACAAGUACAAUUUUUUAAACAGUAAGAUUAUAAGACCUUUCAUAGUAAUCGAAGGUUGAUUUUACACGGAUGACUCGGAUUAUUGGAUUACACAGACAAUUCUGAGAAACAUAUAUUUUAUUGCAGAUAAUUAAUUCAAAAUAGUCUAACCUUCACCUCUUUUGUAAAAAUUAUUAUGUUUUUUUAUUAUUAAAAACUCACUGGACUCCAAUUUACAAUAGAUAUACAUUGCACACGCAUAAUACCAAAAUUAAUGACAGCACAUUGUACUAACAGUCUAUACGUUACUUAGUGUCUUUUGGGUGUAGUCUGUGACUGAGAUAGUCUGGUACCUAUGGUGCAGUUACAAGUGCAGCAACAAUCUAACAUCACUACAGGGAACUAGCCUUUACUACACUUUAUCUUCAUUUCCUUUGUCCAUUCCACUUCAAGACAUCAGCCGAAUGGAGUUCGAUCUUCCACGUAACUAUCUCAUCUAUUUGCACUAAACUUAUACAGCUUUCACAUAAACUUCAUAAUGGGUUUUUGUAAGAAAUUGACCCACGUCAUUAAGGUGCCUUACAAUUGUUUUAUAAGUAGGUCGGAACCAAAAGGCCAACAGUUAUAUUUUUGAACAUUUUCCACCUUUGUAUUACAUGUUUACCAAACUUUGUAUUAAUUUGAUAAAAUAAAACUGAAGCAAAAUGAUAUAAUU